UAAACAAACCCAGUCAACAUGGCUACCUCCGUGAGGAAAGCAGCCCACGACAUAGAAACGCGAAAACGGACCGACGAUGUGCUUCUGUCGGAGGGAAUCGACUUCAGCUCACUGCUGUUGUCUCAGGCCGUGCUGGACGGACUCUCCUCCUCGGGCUUCCAGAAACCGUCCCCGAUCCAGCUCAAGGCGAUCCCGCUGGGCCGCUGCGGACUCGAUUUGAUCGUACAGGCCAAGUCUGGAACGGGGAAAACGUGCGUGUUCUGCACCAUCGCCCUGGACUCUCUAGUCCUGGAGAACCCGGCAACUCAGGUUCUCGUCCUGGCUCCCACACGUGAGAUAGCGGUGCAGAUCCACUCAGUGGUGAUGGCCAUAGGCUGUGCCAUGGAGGGCCUUGAGUGCCAUGUCUUCAUCGGGGGCCGGCCGGUGAGUCAGGACAAAACCCAUCUGAAGAAGUGCCACGUAGCCGUGGGCUCACCCGGUCGUAUCAAGCAGCUUAUCGAGCUGGGCAUGUUAUCCACCGCCAGCAUCAGGCUGUUUGUUUUGGAUGAGGCCGACAAGCUGCUGGAGGAGGGCAGCUUCCAGGAACAGAUCAACUGGAUCUUUUCCUCUCUGCCUGUGAACAAACAGAUGCUCGCGCUCUCUGCUACCUACCCAGAAUCCCUUGCUCAGCACCUUACCCAUUACAUGAGAGAGCCCACUUUUGUCAGACUCAAUCCCAGUGACAUGGGCCUCAAAGGUCUGAAACAGUAUUACAAGCUGGUGCAGUCCCAUCCGUUACCUCACAAGGUUUUCGAGGAGAAGGUGCAGCACUUGCUGGAGCUUUUCAGUAAAAUCCCAUUCAACCAGGCCCUGGUGUUCUCCAAUCUACACACGAGAGCUCAACACCUGGCAGACAUCCUGUCCUCCAAAGGCUUACCUGCUGUUUGUAUCUCAGGUGGUCUGAGUCAGGACCAGAGACUGGAGGCCAUGUCAAAACUGAAGCAGUACCAGUGCAGGGUGCUCAUCUCUACUGAUCUGACUUCCAGAGGUAUAGAUGCAGACAAAGUAAACUUGGUGAUAAACCUAGAUGUGCCACAGGACUGGGAGACGUAUAUGCAUCGAAUUGGACGGGCUGGCCGCUUUGGCACUCAGGGGCUGGCUGUGACCUACUGUUGCCAUGGCGAGGAGGAGAACAAGAUGAUGGCCAUUGCUCAAAAGUGCGGCCUGAAUUUGUCUACUUUGCCAUCCACCAUAGAGCCUGGGUUGAUGGACGAACCGUGUGACUGGGAUGUCUGCACCGAGGCUCUCACUCCAGGCCCCUUACCCCAGCUGUCAUCCAGGACAGACAAGAAGAAGCGUGCCAAGUCCGUCACAGAUCAAGCUGUGGAGCGCACUGGUCAAAGGCAGUUAGAGAAGACCCGUCCUGCACCUGGACUGGGAGUAAACAGUGAACAGAAUCCCAAAGAAAUAUCUCCUGCAAAGGACUCUCUCUCACAGUGUCCUCCUCGGGCGGUGCCCACUCGAAAGGAGCUGCAGGACGCUCUGCCAAAGAUCCCUCCUCUCAGCUCAUUCAAGAAGUGCAGGUCAAGGUUUAUGACCUUUGAGGAAGCUGAGCAGGACUUCCACAGUUUUAUCACUUCAGGCUUGGGAAGGUCAGUGGAGGUCAUCAGGCAGUUCAGAGGUGGAGAGGACGGUGGCCCCAAUGAUCAGAAUGGAGCGGGAGAGUCUUUCAUACUUACUGAUGACGGAGCUCAGAAUUUAAAACGAAAUCGGUGGACAUCUUCACACCCAAGGUCAGCGUCCAGUUCUUCAGGCUCACAAUCGGAAGCGGAGGACAAGACAGAUCAGACUAGAGGAAAUAAAUACAGAGCAAUCACUAAGCCUCAGACUGAAGCUAGAGAAACAUCAACCGUGUCCAAACCACAGGCGGAGAGCACGAGAUCCAAAGCUUGUGCUUCUUCCGCACCCAAAAUGCAUCACCAGACAGCCCGCACAUCAAGUGGGAAAGCUUCGUCUCGGCCGGAGAACUCUGAAUCCAUACCAGUCGUUAAAUCGAGUGGGCAUCCCAGUCAGACGGCUCCAGCACAGACUGGCAGAAAUGAAUCUAGAAAGAUGAAAGAAAAGACUGGGAAACGGAGCAAAAAGAUUUCCGAGAAGAUAAACAGAGAGCAAAAGAGAGAACACGAUGUUGAGGAAGAAGAAGAGGAGGAGGAGGAGGAGGAGGAGGAGGAGGAGGAGGAAGAGUGGAGUGCCGACACUUACUGGAGAGCCAGCUACAGAGCCUGGAAUGAUUACUACGCUUCCAUGUCUCCUUUUCAAGAGCAAGGUUACCAGAGCUACUACAGUAUAGCCCAUAGCUGGAUGGCAGCUUAUCGUAUGAAUGCUGUCUACGUGGAAGAACUCCUGAAACACUGACACUGUCGGAAAAUCUCUGAAUGCCCCCCCCCCCAGAGAAAUGAAUUCAAAUGUUUGCACUUCUGAUUUAUUUUUUUCUCAAUGAAUUAAUACCUUAAACUGUAUAUUACUUUUCUAAUAAAUCACCAGAAUGGAG